AAAAGUGUCGCAACAUUUACUCCUAAUAUUGUCCUACAUAAGUUUUGGAGAGGUCUGAGUAUCUCGGUGUAUCCGGACUGGUUCCUCCGAAACGCCCUCGAUAGUAUGCGGUAGCCUUCUCAGCCUGCAUUUUGCUGCAGCUGCGACUCCUCAAUGAGGCUCAUUGUAGCGACAACACGUUGUUAGGGCAGCCGAGCCGAGUGAGCGGCGCAGUGAAUGUAAUCACACUCAGCGGAGAGCGGAGCUGCGUGUCGGUGGCAUCGUCCGGCUGUGCGGGAGCAGGACAGCAGAUUUCUAACGAGCUACUUGGUGAGAGGACAGCAGCACUGUGACAGUCUCGUACAUGUAGGAACUUUGAGCUGAAUGCUGUGGAGAGAUACCAACCCACCAUUUCAGUCCAGACUGGAGCUUUGUGAGACACACAGAAAAGCCCAAAUCAAAUUUGGAGCAGCGCAUGUGUUGAGCUUCCUCAAGAUACUGCUGGAUUCUAUACAAUUUCGUUGCCCUCCGUAUUUUUUUUUGUUUGUUUAAAUCGCAUAUCAUUUUAUUUUGUUUGUUUCAUUUCUCCACUUGCCCAAAUGAAGGUGUACAGGCCUCUUCUCUGGAAUGUGAUCAGCCAGGCCGCCCUGCUGUUGGUGGCCCAGUGGGAACUAGGAUGCUCCGGGAUGACUCUAAAUUCAGUUCCUCUCCCACGGGCCCCUCUCCGAUCCCCCAGGGCCAGCGCAAGAGCGCUGGCCCACAGACAAAAGCGCAGCUGGGUGUGGAAUCAAUUCUUUGUCCUGGAGGAGUUCACAGGUGAUGAACCGCUCUACGUCGGCAAGCUGCACUCGGAUGUGGAUAAAGGCGAGGGCCAGGUGAAGUACAUCCUCAUGGGUGAGGGCGCCUCCUCCAUCUUCACCAUUGAUGAGAACACGGGGGACAUCCACGCCAUCAAGCGCCUGGACCGCGAGGAGCAGGCCUACUACACGCUGCGCGCACAGGCGCUCGACUACCACACCAGCAGACCUGUGGAGCCCGAAUCCGAGUUCGUCAUCAAGGUCCAGGACAUCAACGACAACGAGCCCAAGUUCCUGGAUGGACCGUACAACUCCAGAGUGCCAGAGAUGUCCCCUGUUGGCACAUCAGUGGUUCAAGUGGUGGCAACAGAUGCGGACGACCCUACAUAUGGCAACAGCGCGCGAGUGGUUUACAGUAUCCUGGAGGGACAGCCCUACUUCUCAGUGGACCCCAAAACAGGGGUCAUCAGGACAGCUCUUCCUAACAUGGACCGUGAGGCGCGGGACCAGUACCUGCUGGUCAUCCAGGCCAAGGACAUGGUGGGCCAGAUGGGCGGCCUCUCUGGCACCACGUCUGUGACGGUGACUCUGAUGGACGUGAAUGAUAACCCUCCGCGCUUCUCCCGAAAAUCCUAUCAGUUUUCGGUGCCCGAGUCUCUGCCUGUAGCUUCGGCGGUGGCCAAGAUAAAGGCUCUGGACGCAGAUGUGGGUCCCAACGCUGAGAUGGAGUACAGAAUUAUAGAUGGCGAUGGCCUUGGGAUGUUCAGGGUCUCCACGGACAAAGACACCCAGGAAGGAGUCAUCACUCUGCUAGAGAACUUGGACUUUGAGACCAAAACCACCUACUCCCUGAGGAUUGAGGCAUCCAAUCGGCACCCCGACACCAGAUUCCUGAGCCCUGGGAUGUUCAGUGACAUAGCGAAUGUUCGGCUGACCGUGGAGAAUGUGGACGAGCCGCCACUCUUCUCCUCGCCACUCAGUAAGAUGGUGGUGUCCGAGGCCGCCAAGGUUGGCACCAUCAUCGGCACCAUGUCCGCUAAUGAUCCAGAUUCUACCAAUAGCCCCAUCAGGUAUUCAAUAGACCGCAACACGGACCUGGAACGCUUCUUCAACAUUGAGGCAACAACUGGCAUUAUCAGCACUGCCAAGCCACUGGACAGGGAGAUCAAUGCCGUGCACAACAUCACCAUCCUGGCCAUCGAAAGCCUGGACCCAGCUCAAGUCGGGAAAGGUAUUGCUCUGAUCACGGUGAUGGACAUCAAUGACAACGCCCCCGUCUUUGCCAUCGAAUACGAAACCUUCUUGUGUGAGAGCUCCAGUCCUGGUCAGGUGAUCGAAACCAUAAGUGCAGUGGAUCGAGACGAGCCGCCCAGCGGACACCGAUUCUUCUUCUCCCUCGCUGCGGAGGCUGUAGGCAACCUGAACUUCACCUUGAGAGAUAAUAAAGACAACACAGCGUCCAUCUUGACCAAGCGUGCUGGCUUCCAGCGGCGGCAACAGUCGCUGUACCGGCUGCCGGUGCUCAUCGUGGACAGCGGCACGCCGGCCCUGAGCAGCACCAACACCCUGUCCAUCCGCGUGUGCGAGUGUGAUGGCGACGGCUCUCCCCAGUCCUGCGGCGCCGAGGCCUCCAUGCUGGCGGCCGGACUGAGCACCGGGGCGCUCAUCGCCAUCCUGGCCUGCAUCCUCACCCUGCUGGUGCUGGUGUUGCUAAUUGUGAUGAUGCGACGGCGGAAGAAGGAGCCGUUGAUCCUGGACGAGGACCGUGACGUGCGGGAGAACAUUGUGCGCUACGACGACGAGGGCGAGGAGGACACGGAGGCCUUCGACAUGGUGGCCCUGCGCAACCUGAACGUGGUGCGCGGCGGGGGCGGCGACAGCAAGGUCCGGCGCGACGUCACACCCGAGGUCACCACGCUCUACAUGCCACGCCCGCCGCCCUACAAAGCCGCGCCGGCAGACAACAACGGCAUCUUCCGGGAGUUCAUCUGGGACCGUCUCAAGGAGGCGGACGUGGACCCGGCGGCGCCGCCCUACGACUCCCUGCAGACGUACGCCUUCGAGGGCAGCGGCUCGGUGGCCGACUCCCUCAGCUCCCUGGAGUCCCUGAGCACGGACUCGGACCAGAACUACGACUACCUCAGCGACUGGGGCCCGCGCUUCAGGAAGCUGGCUGACCUGUAUGGCCACACCGACGGCAGUAAUAUAUUCUCCUCCUAGCCGGGGAUUGUGUGUCUGGGUUGCUGUUUCUUUCUGUUUGAAGUCCCGUCUGCCUGACCUUCAGUGAGAAGCCUUCAGCUGGGGGAACAGAAGAAUGGUUCAGAUGGGAAGGAGAAUAUUAUGAAUAUUUUAACUUUUUUGUGGAACAAAAACCUGUCUCGUUGUCAAACUCCAACAAGCACACAAGAGACACACUGUACAUGGAAGUGAAUAUCCUUUUUCAGCACUUGAUGGUUUUUGUCAGGACUUUACGAUGACCAGUGAUUAGUUUGGAGAAAAGGUGCAGCCGACUUUGGGAUUUGUUUGUAUUUGAAGCACUUGGGGAAAAACAGACAGAAGGGAAGGACUUGGUGCACAGUUGAUGCUAUAAAUGCUACUACAUUCAUCAAUAGACAUUUCAUGGAAGGAAAGAGGCACAACAGUGCAUUGCUUUCCUCUGUGAGAGAUGGGGGUGCGUCCCCUGUAUCUAUGGUGACCAAACAAAAACUGUGCCACUAACCAGUCCAGUGGUCUUGUCAUAAUGCCCUCCUUAAUCCGUAUCAGUGUUCCUUUAUUUUCAAAAGUAUUUAAAUCAUUUGUGGAUCUUUGCUUCUUUUUUUUAAAAAAAAAAAAGAUAUUGCAAAAUUACUAAAUAAUACAACUGAAUCAUCUUAAGAUGUUGUCAGCCCAAAGCUGAUCCCUAAACAGUGUUUUUAUUUUUCUUUUAAACCUUACCCCUUAUAAGUAGCUCUGUUGGGGCUGUCAGGUUGCUUGUUUAAUGGAUCAAGCUCAAACAGAGGCUUUAAUGUUCUCAAGGUGUUCUUAGGUCUAACACCACUACUCCAGAUUAAGCAAAUCCCAGCCUCUCGCUGGGGGACUUAUGGUAACGGAUGACAUGCAGCAUGUAUUGUUGAGCCUUUGAGGGCUGCCUCCUGGUCCCCUGAUGAGCCUCAUCAAGACGCCUGAGAGAGUGGUAUGGUGGCACCAUAGAACCAUUCCUGCUGGAAUAUUUCUGUAAAGGAGAGUUAGAACAACAGACAGCACCAUACAAGAGUGUUGCUUUGCUAUUCGUAAGAGUAAAAAGUGGAGUAUCUUGAGUAUGUUUUUUUUUUUUUUAAAGCAAAGGUAAAUAAAUAUUGACAUUCUCAUCAAAGCCAAGAGCAGCUAAGCUGUGUGUAAUUAGUGCAUUCAGUCGCAGUGUCUCCUCACCCUGAAAUAUUGAUGUGGACUCAGAGGGCAUUUUUGAUUGAUGAAAAAACAAUAUUUAUAUCAUCCCUGAAGGGAAUAUUUUCAUAUGUAGAAUUAUGUGGAAGUAUCCACAAACAUAUUGCCUGAUGAAUAGUGGACAGAGACCUUCACUGGUUCAUCUUUUUUAAAUCUACUAAUGGAUGGCAUUAUUAAUAUAUUGUCCCAGCGGUCACUGAAAUAUGACCCUACCGCAUAAGUGUAUUGGGUUCUUUGAUGUUUUCUAUGAAGUCAUGCUUUUGAAGUGAGUGUACAACCAGUGAAUUCAGCGGUGUAAGCAGCCAGUGAGUUUGAUAAAUGUGGUAAGUCAUGUCAGAAUGCUUAAAAGGCCUAAGCUAAAUUAACCCCUGAGAGUGUUUUGAUGGAUGAUUCUGCUGUUUUACGGAGCAUAAACAUACAUCCACAAACAUGCUCACAGAGGUGGACAUGGCCCAGCUCCCAGCUCUGCCAGCACUGGUAUGAAAUACAAGGACAGAGUUGAAUUUAAAGCUGUUUUAACAGACUUAAACAUGUCAAACAGUAUCUCUUAAGCAACAUAAGAUGCUUUGUCAUUGCUAGAACCUUAUUGCACUGAGAACUGUAGCUUUUAAGGAACUCAGUCUCUGUAAGGUCUUUAGUAGAGAGAGCAAACAUCUUGGUGCCAUUAAAGAAUGCAUCUGACCUUGACAACACUAUUUUUGCCUUGAGACCCUGAGGCAUUCGCGUGUCUUUUGACAAAAAAUAUCGCCUCACACUCUUAAAGUUCAUUCCUGUGUGUCCAAAUAUGAUUUAAAUUUGUUUCUGCACAAAUGCAGGCAAAGACCAUAGAACUUUAAACCAUUUAAAGUUUUUGUGCUGUUUUAUUGCCGAAAUUAUUGUUAUCCUUGUUAUUCCUGAAUUCAUUAUCUUUGACAGAAAGUGCAUCUCACUCCAUUGUGGGUGAUGGUCCUUAAUGAGUGGCAAUGAUAAUUUAAUCAUUUCACAACCAAAAUAAGGAUAAUGAAGAUUGAGAAUAUUAUCUGUGAAAGUCUAAGAAUGUCUCAUGUUGUAAAGCAAAUGUAAUUAUUUGUUAACUGGCUCCACUAAAUGAAAACUAAAAGGGCAAUCGAAAUCUCAUUAGACUUUGGCACUAAGUAAUAAUAAAUGCCAUUUCAAUUAAGGGAAUUGCAGGGGAUUAGCUGCAGUAAGCAGAACCAACAAACUCAGAGGGGGCUUCCUCCAGGGAGGGUGAGAAGACCAGAAGAGAAAUUUACAUCUCCUCAAUAAUCACACGCACAGUCCAUCAGCCAUGACACUUCCUUGGGGCCAUGCAGGGCAGAGGGAGGAGACUUUGUUGAAAAGGCAGAGACGUUCGUCAUGAGACGUCACUGGGCAACUAAUAAACCCCCUCAUGCUGCUCUCUCCGAGGAGAGGAGAGAACAUGCCACACACAACAGCUUUCUUCUUCUACUGUUUUUUUCCAGCUGUGGUCCCGGGUCUUGAAUCACAUGCAGACAGUUGAAAAUGACUAUGUGUCACUUGGAGAGAUGAGCCACUGUUGACUCGGUUGUGGCGGCAGGCGGUCUCACGCCACAAGGGGAUCAGUCAGCCCAGCUCUGGUCCUCUGUCCACAACAAAACCAUCCACACGCAGUGCUUUCUUAAACAGACAGCUCCGCCACAAGUAAUUGAUGUCGGAGCAAAAGUAGGAGGACAUACCCUCACUGGCGGAGGCUCCUGGGACGUCGUCUUCAUCCUUAGAAUUUCAUCAAAAAAAUGUAUACUGUAUAUGUGUUACUUUUUUAUUUUUAUUUAUUUUUUAUUUUUUUGUAUUGUUCCUUAAUUGGGAUUGUGUUAAUUAUGUUCUUUAUGGUAUGGUAGCUUGUGUAUCCCUGGACAUCUAAGUGGCCUUUCCUGUUGCAGCAGAGGAGACAGAUGACCUGAAUCCAAUGAGAAGACGGUACACAACCAUGGAAGGAGUCAGGCAGACAAUCAGUGCCCCAGGUUCAAGAAGCUCCUCACGUUUGGGCAGAGAGGGAAAGAAACUGUUCAACAUUUUGUACAGGUUAAAAUGAAAAGAAAAAAAAUGCUCCUGACUCAAAGUCAUAUGUAUAAUUUUGAAUAAAGAAAUAAAUCUUGUUUCAUCCA